AGAAAAAGUGCACAGUAUAAAAGCCAAAAAACACAAAACCAGACAAAACGGUUAGAAGCGUUUAGGAUGAGCCUAGCAGACUAGUCACUUGUGUGUGUGGAAGUAGUUAAAAACAGUUUUCUUUUUCUUUUUUUUCUCUCUCAUGGCUUCUCUUCUAUCCUUCUCUCUCCCAAAACCAAACAUAAUAAAGGCUUCUACCUCUUCUCCAGCAACUACCAUUUCCAUAGCAGAGAAUCUUGAUGCAAAAUUUGGCAGGAAAGGCAUCAAGUUCUUGGAGUCUGACAAUGUUCCAAUGGUAGAGCUGACAGUGAGAAAUGGCAGCUCUGUAAAGCUGCGAAUACCCGAUGCCCAUGUCACUUCAUACAAGCCAAAAGUCCAGUGGAAGGAUGAUGGUUUCACGGAGGUUCUUUAUACAAUUCCAGCUGUUGGAGCAGAUUCUAGCAAAUCCAAGGGUGGGAUAGGCUUGCUCAUCAAUGAGUUUUCCGAACCUGGUUCUAAAGGGUCAUCUCUUCUCACCAGUACUUCUAAAUGGUCUGUAAAAGAUGUUGAUUACGAUGCCAUUGAUGCUCUUCAGGUUGAAUUGAGCUGUAUUAGUGGAACACUUGAUAUUACCUAUGUUGUGUCACUCUAUCCACUAAGCAUGGCAACAGCUGUUGUAAUAAAGAAUAAUGGCCGCAAGGCAGUGACUUUAAACAAUGCUAUACUGAGCCAUUUUAUAUCUAAAAAACGAAAUGGGACAGCCAUACAAGGUCUUCAGUGCAGUUCUUACUGCUCACACCCUCCUCUCUCUUCGCCCUUUGCAAUUCUAUCACCAGCUGAAGCAAUGAAAACUGAGUCUCCUGGAUGGUUCUCUUUUGGUUCUGAGCCUGAAGAUAAACGUGACUCGUGGACUCUACAAGAUGUGCCCUUCACCACUUUGAAUAACAAGCUCAGCCGAGUUUAUGCCGUCCCUCUAAAAGAGAGAUUGAAGGGAUUUUAUAACACCCUACCUUCAAAAUUUGAAAUAAUUGAUCAGGGACGCGAGCUUGUCUUCAGGGUGGUACGGAUGGGUUUUGAAGACAUUUAUUUAUCCAGCCCAGGUUCCUUGUCAGAGAAGUAUGGGAAAUACUACUUUAUCUGCACUGGCCUUGCUUCUAUACUGGAGCCUGUCAUUGUGAAACCUGGUGAAGAUUGGAGGGGGGCACAGGUUAUUGAGCAUGAUAAUUUAUAAUAACAUCUCUCAAAUUUUUUUGAAUAGUUAUCCUUUCAAAUUAUUCAUUUGUAAUUGAAAAGUUGUCUUGUUUAUGGCACUGCCAUCAUUGUUCAGUGCUUACUGAUAUGUGCUUGUAAAUACUAGCUAAAAGGGUCUUUAAUGCCUUUUGGUUGCCAUUUCCUUA